UCGAGAAAAAGUCAGAGCACCAACAUUUCCUUCUUUUACUCCAAUCCCAUCGGACAAUACCCAGAAUUAGAGCAUUAACAUUCCAAUUUUACAUUCAUAAUAUUGGGAUCUCCAAUCACGUGUCAACUUCCUACUCCAUCAGCAUUGCAAUUCAAUCUAAACCAUCACAACGAGAAAAAAGCCAAAAUUAAUCUGUUAUAUUUUGGUAUAAAUCAGUUUUGUUUUGAAACAACGAAGACUUUGUGUAAUAUUUCCAUGUGUCUACAUUUUUCUUGUCCUUGUUCCACCCCAAGUUAUAUACUUCAUUUCUCUGCAUCUUCUGAGAAAGCUUUCGUAGCUUUCAGUUUCGGACAGGAAGAAACAAAAGCAUGUCGUUCACUGGAACUCUUGACAAGUGCAAGGCUUGUGACAAGACUGUUUAUGUUGUUGAUAUGUUGUCCCUUGAAGGAGUGCCUUAUCAUAAAUACUGCUUCAAAUGCAGCCACUGCAAAGGAACUCUUGUGAUGAGCAACUACUCCUCCAUGGAUGGAGUCCUCUACUGCAAGACCCAUUUUGAGCAACUUUUCAAGGAGUCUGGAAAUUUCAGCAAGAAUUUUCAAGCAGGCAACAUCUUUUUUCUUCCCUAGCCUUCUAGGGCUCCACCCAGCAAAGUCUCUUCCUUGUUCAGUGGAACCCAAGACAAGUGUUCUGCAUGUGGCAAAACAGUGUACCCGCUGGAGAAGGUGACAAUGGAAGGAGAAUGUUUUCACAAGUCAUGCUUCAGGUGUGCACAUGGAGGAUGUCCUCUGACACACUCAUCAUAUGCUGCUCUUGAUGGAGUCCUCUACUGCAAGCACCAUUUUGCUCAGCUGUUCAUGGAGAAAGGAAGCUACAGCCAUGUUCUCCAGGCUGCUUCUCACAAGAGAACUGCUUCCGCCAGCACCCCACCUCCAGAGCCGGCAGACCAGGAACCACAACCAGAAGCAGAAGCAGCUGCUGCUGAAGAAGAUCACUCUUAAACAACCAACUUACACACACCAUAUUGUUUUCUUUCUUGCUUCAUUACUUUCUCAUAUAAUGUUUGAUUUUGUUUUGGCAGAUGGCCUCAUCAUGCUCAAGAUUGUUGUCUGAUUAAUUGUUCUCAAUUUUGUUGUUGGAUUUGUUUAUUUAUGUUAU